GUCGGGACCUGGCCCGCUGCUUGCCGAGGCGCUGCCGGAAGGAAGCGUGACGCGCGGACACGGUUCCCCGGCGGCCCGCAAGCUGCCUCCCUCCCUCGCUCCCGGAGCGCGGCCCAGCAGCCGGGACGGAGGCCUGGGGCGACGCGGCGCGAGGAGCGAGGGAGGGCUGACGGGCGGGCGGGCCACGGGAGCGCCGGUUCCUAUAUGGCGGCGGCUCUGUCGGGCCUGGCUGUCCGGCUGUCGCGCUCGGCCGCCGCCCGCUCUUAUGGGGUCUUCUGCAAGGGGCUGACCCGCACGCUGCUCAUCUUCUUCGACCUGGCGUGGCGGCUGCGCAUCAACUUCCCCUACCUGUACAUUGUGGCUUCCAUGAUGCUCAACGUGCGUCUGCAGGUUCAUAUUGAGAUCCACUGAAACCCCCUCCCUCCGACUCUCAGGCGACCCUUUCCCAGGCUCACUGCGUCAGAGAAAACAAACAUGAAGGAUGGAACAGGGACCCUGAACACCUGCCUGGCAGAAGCCCAGGGGCUGGGAGGGGAUGACUGGGUCAGACUGUGGUGU